AUGACACCACCACCGCGCGAAACAGACCCUUUGCUUCCACAUAACAGCAACAACAGCAUCAGCCAAAAUGAUAGCAGCUUCAAGAAAUUACGCCACCACCUCAACACCACCCUCUCAACGCACCACACCGACCUGGUCUUGCUGUACUGCUACAUAAUAACCGGCCUCCUCGACAGUUCCGCCGUCUUCAUCUGGGGCUCUUUCGUAAGCAUGCAAACCGGUAACACAGUCUACCUCGGCCUCGGCCUCGCAUCGCAGAUGAGCCGUGGUAGCGGUGGCAGUGGUGGUAGUAGUAAUGGUGACGGCGACCGCUGGAUCAAGUCAGGUAUAUCGAUAGCCAGUUUCUGUCUUGGAUCGUUGAUAUUUGGCGCCUUUCAUCGCGCGUUUUCGCCGAGAAGGAGAUGGGUGCUUAUGGCUAGUUUUGCGAUUCAGAUGGCUUGUAUCAUCUGUGCUGCAAUCAUUGUCACGUUGGAAAAGCCGUCGAAGGAUUCUGGGUUGACGUGGAGAGUACUAAUACCGUUAGCUAUGGUUGCGUUUCAGAGCUCCGGGCAGGCGGUUAUUAGUCGCGUACUCAAACUAGGAGGUUUGUCGAGUGUGGUUUUGACGAGUAUCUAUUGUGAUUUGUUUUCGCAUCCGGAUUUGGUGUCUGGUGCGGCUGGAAAGGAUGUGGAACAGAGAAGGAGGUUCGGUGCGGUUGUGUGUCUGUUGACGGGGGCGGUUAUGGGUGGGGUUUGGGCGAGGAGUGAGGUUGGGUUGAUGGGCGCGUUGUGGACGGCGGUUGGGUUGAAGGGGUUGAUUGUUCUGGCGUGGUUCAUCUGGAAGGAGGAUGGACCGGAUGUUGUGCAUCAGUGA